ACACUGGCAGUUAUUUCGAUCGAUUCGAAGUAAGAGGAGGAGACGAGAUCAUUGGAGUCAGUUAGCUGCAAAUCGAGCUAUUUGUUGUUGUUUCUGAGUCAAGUUUCGUUUUCGCUCGCAGUCGUUGGACAGGAAAUCUUAUUUUGCAUCCAAAGCCUGUUUCAUUGUCUUUAAUUGCUCGGUUUUGUACCCUUUCUGCUGACGCUACCAGCCUGACUCGAGUCAGCAUGCCUGACAGGAGGCCCUUCGUGCGGCUGCCUACUGACGUUUACCCCGUUAACUAUGCGCUGUGUCUCAAGCCCGACCUGAUUGACUUCACUUUCGAGGGCAGGCUGGAGGCACAGGUUGAGGUUACACAAGGGACAAAUCAAAUUGUAAUGAACUGUGCUGAUAUAGACAUAAUCACUGCAUCUUUUGUACCAGAAGGAGGGGAAGAAAUCAGUGCUACAGGAUUUAACUAUGAGAAUGAGGAUGAGAAAGUGACUUUGUCCUUCCACUGUGCCCUUCAGAAAGGGUCUGGUAUGUUGAAGAUUGACUUUGUUGGAGAGUUAAAUGACAAAAUGAAAGGUUUCUACAGAAGUAAAUAUACAACUCCGUCAGGAGAAACCCGCUAUGCAGCUGUCACACAGUUUGAGGCCACAGAUGCUCGCCGAGCUUUCCCUUCCUGGGAUGAGCCAGCUAUCAAAGCCACCUUUGACAUCACCCUUAUUGUCCCCAAGGACCGAGUAGCCUUGUCGAAUAUGAAUGUCCUCGAUCGGAAGCCGUACCCAGAGGAUGAGAAUCUUGUGGAAGUGAAGUUCGCUACUACACCCAUCAUGUCCACCUACCUGGUGGCGUUCGUCAUUGGCGAGUUUGAUUUUGUGGAGAGCCAGUCUUCUGAUGGUGUGACGGUCCGCGUGUACACUCCAGUGGGGAAAGCAGAGCAGGGGAAGUUUGCACUAGAGGUGGCUACUAAGACCUUACCUUUCUACAAAGACUACUUUAACGUUCCUUAUCCAUUGCCUAAAAUUGAUCUAAUAGCAAUUGCUGAUUUUGCUGCUGGUGCCAUGGAAAAUUGGGGCCUUGUUACUUACAGGGAGACUGCUCUACUGAUUGACCCAAAGAAUUCAUGUGCGUCCUCACGUCAGUGGGUGGCCCUGGUGGUAGGGCAUGAGCUGGCACACCAGUGGUUUGGGAAUUUGGUUACUAUGGAAUGGUGGACCCAUCUCUGGCUUAAUGAGGGCUUUGCGUCAUGGAUCGAGUACCUCUGUGUGGAUCACUGUUUCCCCGAGUAUGAUAUCUGGACGCAGUUUGUAACUGCUGACUACACCAGGGCUCUGGAUCUGGAUGCUCUUGAUAACAGUCACCCAAUAGAGGUUAAUGUUGGACAUCCCUCAGAAGUGGAUGAAAUCUUCGACGCCAUAUCCUACAGCAAAGGUGCCUCUGUUAUUCGCAUGCUGCACAAUUACAUAGGAGAUGAGGAUUUUAGAAAGGGAAUGAACCAUUAUCUUUUAAAGUUUCAACACAAAAAUGCAUCCACAGAGGACCUGUGGGCCUGUCUAGAGCAGGCUAGUGGGAAGCCCAUUGCUGCAGUAAUGAACUCUUGGACUAAACAGAUGGGGUUCCCCAUUAUUGUAGUGGAUCAGGAGCAGCAAGGAGAUGAUCGGGUGCUGAAGAUCUCUCAGAAGAAGUUCUGUGCUAGUGGACCACAUAAUGGUGAGGACUGCCCCAGCUGGAUGAUCCCAAUUAGCAUCUGCACCAGUGAGAACCCAAGCUGCUCAAAGAUGAAUGUUCUGCUGGACCAGGCUGAACUUACAGUCACCAUCCCUAACUUGGGACCAGAUAAGUGGGUCAAGCUUAAUCCAGGUACGGUAGGCUUCUACAGGGUCCAGUACAGCUCAGCCAUGUUGGAGAGUCUGUUGCCAGGAAUCAGAGAUCUUACCCUGCUCCCUGUAGAUCGCCUGGGCCUCCAAAAUGACCUUUUCUCCCUGUCUCGUGCAGGUUUGAUCAGCACUGUGGAGGUGCUAAAGGUGAUGGAGGCAUUUGUGAAUGAGCCAAACUACACAGUGUGGAGUGACCUUAGUUGUAACCUGGGCGUGCUCUCCUGUCUGCUCUCUCACACUGAUUUCCAUGAGGAGAUCCAGGAGUUCAUCCGAGACCUCUUUACUCCUAUUGGCCUGAAGCUGGGCUGGGACAGCAAGCAUGGCGAGGGCCAUUUGGAUGCUCUGCUACGAGGCCUUGUGCUAGGAAAGCUGGGGAAGACGGGACACAAAGCCACGCUGGAGGAAGCUCGCAGGAGAUUUAAAGACCACGUGGAAGGCAAGCAGAUCCUCUCUGCAGACCUCAGGAGUCCAGUUUAUUUAACAGUUUUAAAACAUGGGGAUAGCUCAACGCUGGAUACUAUGCUAAAGCUCCAUAGACAGGCUGACAUGCAGGAGGAAAAGAAUCGCAUAGAGAAGGUUCUGGGAGCAAUCCAGUCUCCAGACCUCAUCCAGAGAGUCUUGACUUUCUCCCUUUCAGAUGACGUUCGUCCCCAGGACACUGUGUCUGUGAUUGGUGGCGUGGCCGGGAGCAGUAAGCAUGGCCGCAAAGCAGCUUGGAAAUUUGUCCGAGAUAACUGGGAGGCACUUCAUAACCGCUACCAAGGUGGAUUCCUCAUAUCACGACUCAUUAAGCUCACUGUUGAUGGUUUUGCAAUUGACAAAAUGGCUGCAGAAGUAAAGAGUUUCUUCGAGACUCACCAUGCGCCGACAGCUGAGCGCACCGUACAGCAGUGCUGUGAGAACAUUCUCCUGAACGCGGCCUGGCUCAAGCGGGAUGCCGAUGACCUCCAUCAGUACCUGCUCCAGCGCAAAGCAACACCUGUGUGACCCUUGAACUGUGACCCCCAAGCCUCUCCUGACCUGCUCACUCACUCACUCACUCACUCAGAUCUCCCAGCAAAUCAUCGCUGCCUCCGCCAGUCCGCCCAGCAGAGCGAGAGAGUAUACAGAAAUUAAACAGACUUUGUUUUUUUUCUAUUAUAUGACAACGGUUAAAGUGCUGUAGUUACGUCUUGCAAAUUACCCAAGAGAAAUCGAAAUCAAGACAGAAAUGCGAUGAUGAAUGUUGUACCCUGUUCUGCCUACUAGAAACAAUGCACAUGCAAAAGAUGUAAAAUAAUAAUAAUUCCAGAUGUGAUUUUUUUUUUUUUCCCCUUUUCUUUCUUGUCUCCUUUUAAGAUGGUAAAGCAUGCAUUUGAUUUUACAUUUGGCACUUAAUCAUGCAGUACUCCGCCAGACAUUUCACUCCGGACCUCUACAUGCUUUUACACAGUAGUAUGAUAACUGUGAAUCAGUUUUGCUCUUCCACCUCUCUUUAAAAAAGAGGCAUGCUUAUAACCUUUAUCAAUGGUUUUAUUUCAGUGUUUUAAUUUUAGACAUGUAUGUUUUCUCUGUGCAAACAGUAUUCUACUGCCUCGGCUGUGUCAUCCAUUACAAUGCCAGUUGCCCGUUUUAUGUAGGAUUGCCUUGAGACGGGGCUUGGCAGAACGGGGUCAUGUUGUGUUUGUAAAAAGGACUUUUGACAACGGCGCUGAUCCACAGUGCUUAAAAGGUUCGAAAAGACCGAACAGUGUAAGCAUGGUACUGUAUGUAUAUUGUAUAAUGCAAGCGUUCUUGAUGAGACCUGCAACUAAUCUGAUUUGUGAUCUACAUUAUUGUUCCUUCUUCGUCUGUAAUGUAAGAAUCCCUCUUCCACAUCAUGCUCCCUCUCAAGUAAGUACAGAAUAAGAAACAAACACCAGAAACACUCAUUUUAGACACCCCUGUAUCUGGGAAAGACAUUUUAUAAAGUGUAUAUUCAGCAGCUCUUUUAACAUUGUGAGAAUCGCACCUAAAGUAGAAUGAACAUCCGCUGAGCUUUUGGAGUAACUCUAGUUCAAAUUACAGCCCAGUUUCAAGUGCAAGGUUGUUUAUUCCGUUAUUGUAUUCUGAGGCCUUAAAUCGGUGAAAAUGGUUUGCAAAUAUAAUUACCCACACCAGAGUGCUAAUUUUACUAAAAUGGGCAUGCAGAUCUCUCUCUCUCUCUCUCUCUCUCUCUCUCUCUCUGUCUCUCUCUCACACACACACACAGGCUUGUUGAGCGUGAAUAUUGGUUAAGAAUAUAUCUGAUGUGGCUCUUAAUUUUACAGGAGAUCAAAAUGUCUGACUCCUUGAAACAUUUGUUGUGCUUUUGUUUAAGGAUACAGUUGAUGUUAAUUAAAGAUGAAAUGACAAGGAAAAAAA